AUGAGUAAAGAAGAUGCUGAUAAGAUCUUUAAUGAAAUGGAUAUUGACAAGAAUGGUACUAUUGACGAAAAUGAGUUUGUCUUGGGUUUGAAGAAGAUCAUGGGAGAAGAAAAUUUCAUGGAAGAUGAUAUGAAGGCGGUUUUUAUUAUGUGUGACAAAUGUUCGUUUUUUCACAAAAGAGACAACAAACUCGACAAAGAAGAGUUCGCUCGAGUGGUCAAAGCUAUUCCACAACUCCCCACAAACUUCGAUAGCUUAAAUUUUGUUCAACAAGAUGUCGCCAAAAAGCAAAGAGUUGGCACUUUUAUGUUUAAUAUAAUUGAUGAAGACAGUAGCAAUACUAUUACGUUGAAAGAACUUGAAAAGUUUAUAACUGCCAUCGGAAAGAAAAAAGAAGAUGCAACAAAAGUAAUGAAUUUGGUUGACAAGGAUAAGAGCAAAACGAUAACACUUGAUGAAUUUUUAGAGUGGUAUUGUGACGACUGUUGA